UCUCUCCCUUCAAGACACUUAUUCGCCGGGAAAGUAGUGGAGCGAAUUGUCGCAAUUCGUUUCAUCGUCGCCUUCGUCGUCGUUUAUUUUCAUUUUUCCUUUUAGUGCUUUUAGUAAGAGUAAUGUUGAAAAAGUUUUAAGAUGGCGGCGGUCGGAGAUUGUUUUUCGAUUGGAAGUAUCGUCGCAUGCAAGACAUGUUUCGAUCAAACCGUGGAGGGCGAAGUUCUCGCGUUCGAUCAGCAAACGAAGAUGUUAAUUUUGAAAUGCCCAGCUAAAGCCUCUGAAAAACUUAAUGAUGUCUACAUAUUAAAUUUACAAUUCUGCAGUGAUGUAAAAGUGAAAAAGGAAGUUUGCACUAUUCCAGAUACACCGCAAUCAUUAAAUUUACAACGGUUGAAAACCAGGUUGCGAAAUUCAGUUGAACAACGGCAACGAUGGGCAAAAGCGCUGGCUGCUGGUGUUAGUAAUGAUGGACUAAAUGUUUAUAUGGCUAUUGCUAAGCAAUUACCACAGCAUGUUCGGUGGUCCGGUCAAAAUAUAGUUAUUUUCGAUGAAGUUACAGUAUCUCCGCCAUAUAAUUUGGAAAAUAUCACAACUAAUAAUCAAGGGGGCGACCAUUUACUUGGCUAUGUUAAAAAAUUAGUUGGACAAUUCUUUGAAACACAGGCGGCAAAUGCUGCUGCUUCAGCGGCAACAACUAAGAAUCCACAAGUAGGGACAUCUAAUACUUCGGUAUCACCGGCUCCAACGAAUUAAUUGCAUCUCCUUUCAUUUUUAGAUGAUAGAAUUCUUUUUUCUUUUUUAUUUUAAUAAAGUCAAAAUAUAUUUUUUCGGAAUAAAUUGUCUUGUUUUUGGGCAUAGUCAUCAGAUAAAAGUAUUUAUUUUCUCA